AUGUUAACCAGACUCUUCAGUGAGACCAGUCUCAUCCCAGAAGUUCAGAAAUUUGUUGCGUGGCCUGAUGACUGCGAGGAUGAUGGAAGUGACAAAGAUGAAGACGAUGAUAAGAGUAUGCAAGAUGUCAAUACGGAGGGUUCUCUAAGUGAGAGCAAAGAUGAGGGAGACAUUGGAGGGGAAGAAGAUGAGGAGGAAGAGGAAGAAGAAGGUACAGAAGAAGCAGAGGGGGAACGACCAAAAAAACGUGGGCCCAAGAAGAGGAAAAUGACAAAAGCAAGAAUGGAAAGGUCUAAAGUUAGGAGGCAGAAAGCAAACGCCAGAGAAAGAAACCGCAUGCACGACCUAAAUUCAGCCUUGGACAACCUGAGGAAAGUUGUUCCGUGUUACUCAAAGACCCAGAAGCUCUCCAAGAUAGAGACCCUCAGGCUAGCAAAGAACUAUAUAUGGGCCUUGUCUGAGAUCCUGAGAUCUGGGAAAAGGCCUGACCUAGUGUCCUACGUGCAGACUCUCUGCAAGGGUCUUUCACAGCCCACCACAAACUUAGUGGCAGGUUGUCUACAACUUAACUCCAGGAAUUUCCUAACCGAGCAAGGUCAAGAUGCUGGAAGGUACCAUGGUCCAAACUCCUCUUUUGCCAUGCACCCUUAUACUUACCAGUGUUCCCGGCUUUCAGGCUCCCAGUGCCAAACCAGCACCAUGGCCAGUUCCCAUCCCCUGAGAACCCACGGGUACUGUGCAACCUAUGAGUCCCUUUAUGGGAACGCGUCUCCGGACUACAAUAGCUCUGAGUAUGACGCCCCCUUAAGCCCACCACUGUGCAUUAAUGGCAACUUCUCCGUCAAACAGGACUCUUCCCCGGACCAUGACAAAAAUUACCACUAUUCUAUGCACUACUCCACCCUGCCGGCAUCCAGGCCUUCUGGCCACAGUCUCCUAUUUGGCUCAUCUGGGAUGCGCAGUGGAGUUCAUUCCGAAAAUCUGUUGCCUUAUGAUAUGCACGUCCAUCAUGAUAGAGCUCCAAUGUAUGAAGAGCUCAAUGCGUUUUUCCAUAACUGA